AUGUUUUCUCGAUCAUUUCCUCGAGCCACCAUCGUGGCGACUCUCUGUCUGACAGCUCUAGUGUCCGGUGCGGUUUCACAUGAUGAUCAUACUGUCACCACGGAAGCCUCCCACGCAACAUCCAGGAGGGCAGGUCAGCCGACCGACGUCCAUGGUAAUGUGAUGAAGGCUUGCGGUAGCCAUAUCUCACUGUGCGGUGUCGAGGACGAAGACAACGUUAUACUUGUUCCGAAAACCACGAUAACCAAGACCAAUAAUAUCACGUCGACAUCAAUAAAGAGACUUAAGCCUACAACCUCGGUCAUUGUUGAGAUCUCGGUGUUAACUGUCACGGACACAACCAAGGGUCACUGCCGCAAGACCGUGAUUGCCGCCGGUCCACCUGCUGAGGUCACUGUUGACGUUACAAUUGUUGCCGUCCAGGAAAUACAAAAGGUUGAAAGAAUUACCACAGUCUCGGUCGUAACAACAACCGCCAGUGUAGUCGAGCAAUGUUUCCUCGAAAAGCACAAUGGCUUGGGUCACAUGCCGGAAUAUCGAGGGCCUGAAUCGUCAAGGGUGGUGACACCACACCUUUCUUCAACCCAGACAGCCAGCCCGGCGGGAUUCACUGCAGAUUUCGAUCAACCUUCUCAUGACUCUACUCCUAACGAUAUGGAAGGGGGCCUACAUGGACAGGGCGUGUACGAACAGGGUUCAGAUGAAUGA